ACAAGCUCAAGCUCGAGCGGCGACACUGACCCGACUUCCUGUGCCAUCGCAAGUGGGAGGGAGUGAGAGAGAGCGAGAGAGAGAGAGGGAGGGAGGGAGUGCAGGCUUCGCACAGGGCGCACUUGGCGACCUGGGUUUGUUGACGUUACCAGGAGAGGAGCGCACAGCACAGCACAGCGCAGAGACGAGCCGUGGGCUGGCUGGUACAGCAGCUCCGUGUAAACCGGGCUAUUCCCACCCUCAUCAUCAGAGGAGCUACUUGCAUGGAUGCACCAUGGCCACGUUUGUGUGCAGGGUACAGUUUUUAGACGACACCGAUCCGUUCAACAGCACCAACUUCCCAGAGCCGACGAGACCUCCGCUGUACACCUUCAGAGAGGAUAUCCCACUCAUCAACCAGUUAGCAGGCGUCCACCGGCUCCUCAAAGCCCCGCACAAGCUUGACGACUGUGCACUCCAGCUUUCCCACAAUGGCACCUAUCUGGACCUGGAGUCGUCCCUUGCCGAGCAAAGGGACGAGCUGGAGGGUUUUCAGCAGGACGACACAGGGGCCAGAGGCAAGAAGCACAGUGUUGUUUUACGGACUCAGCUGACUGUGCGUGUACACGCCUGCAUCGAAAGACUGUACAACUCCAAUGGACGGGACCUGAGAAGAGCACUGUUCUCUCUGAAGCAAAUCUUUCAGGAUGACAAGGAUCUGGUCCACGAGUUUGUGAUGGCUGAAGGUCUGACGUGUCUCAUCAAGGUCGGAGCAGAAGCGGACCAGAACUACCAGAACUACAUUUUAAGAGCUCUGGGGCAGAUCAUGUUGUAUGUGGACGGCAUGAACGGAGUCAUCGGUCACGCUGAGACAAUCCAGUGGCUGUACACGCUAGUUGGCUCAAAGUUCCGCCUGGUGGUGAAAACGUCUUUGAAGCUGCUGCUGGUGUUUGUGGAAUACUCCGAGUCCAAUACACCCCUGCUGAUAAAAGCCAUCACCGCUACGGACUCCAAGAGAGGGUGCAAGCCGUGGUCCAAUGCUAUGGAGAUCUUACAUGAGAAGGAUGGCGUGGACACAGAGCUGCUGGUCUAUGCCAUGACCCUCAUCAACAAGACCCUUGCAUCACUGCCAGACCAGGAUUCUUUCUAUGAUAUGGUGGAUGGUCUGGAAGAACAGGGCAUGGAGACAGUUUCCCAAAGACACCUGGGGCGGAAAGGCACUGAUCUGGACUUGGUUGAGCAACUCAACAUCUAUGAGACGACUUUACGUCAUGAAGACGGCGACAAUGACAGCCAGCCUCCACCAACGGGACGCCGGGACCGUCGACGAGCCAGCCUCGGGGGCGGCGACAAAAAGUGUGGCCUGGAGAGGAGGCGGAGCCGCAGGGCCUCCCUUGGGCGAUCUGGCCACGCCUCCCCGUGCAGCCCCUUGUCCCCACAGAGAGCCGGCUUCCAGCCUUUCAGUGGACACAGAGCUGAGGACGUGAGUGAGAGAGAGGAGGAGUAUGAGGAAGGAGUAGAGGAGGAGGAGGAGGAGACUCCGGUGACUGAGUCUGAUUCGGAUGAGCAGCAGGGGGCAGAUACAGUAUCUAAACAGACCACCCCCAGCCCUGCUAGACCGCUUCCAUCCAUUGUUCAUAGAACAACCCUGCGGUCCAUCACCAUCAUUACCAGAAAGGAGAGCACAAAGGAGGAAGAGCAGAGGAGUCCCACCGAACAGCCUCCAGAGUCGAGCCUCCACUCUCCCUCUUCUCCCACUUCCUCCCCUCCUGUCUCCUCCCCGCUCAGACCCCCAUCCCCGCCCUCGCUUCUGGCCACCUUGCUGGCCAGGAAGAGGUCUUCUGUCACCGUUCCGGCCACCAAAGAGGUCAGUCCACCACUGCGCGGCAGCUCUCGUCCUUCACCCGACCGUCUGCCCUACCUGCCCCACGCGCCCUUCCACCUCUUCUCCUAUGACCUUCACGAGGAGCCGCCGCCAACGGCUCCAGCCAAAGCCAGCGAAGAGUCUCCAAAGAUGACGUCUCCCAGGAAUGGAAGUUUCACGUCCUACUCGUCUCACAGCAGCCCGAGUACACCCACCACCUCCAGGCCCGCUCUGGGAGGUCUCUUGUCAUCCUCUUAUCGACAGCACCAGGAAUCAUUGGCAGCUGAGCGAGAGCGCCGCCGUGUGGAGAGGGAGGAGAGACUGCAGAGGAUAGAGAGGGAGGAGAGAAACAAGCACAGCCGCGACUAUGUGGAUAAAAUGGAAGAAGCCAGACUUGCACGGGAGGAGAGGUACAAAGCCGUGGAGCGCCUGGCGGCAGAGGAAUACGAGAAGGACCGCAUCCGGGUCUCAAGGACUCGCCCUGACCUCAACCUAAACUUUGCAUCCUCUGAGGCCUGGCCCUCAUCAUCACGCAGCAGCACCCCGUCCUCCUUCGCCUCGCAAGAUGACACAGAGGCCGAUCUUGAAGCUGAGACCCCAACCGCCAUUCACACACCGUCUGAGACAGGAGAGGCUGACGACUCCAGCGCAAGUGUAGAAGCGGGGGAGAAGGAAGCAGAGGCCACCGCUGAGAAGGAGGAGGAGGAGGAGGAGGAGGAACAGAAAGAAGAGGAGGAGGAAGAAGAAGAGGAAGUGCAGGAGGAAACUGCAGCAGAAAAGGAAGAGGAAGAGUGUGAGCAGGAACCGGAGAAGGAGAGGGAGGAGGCGGAGGAGGAGGACAGCGGCAUCCUGAGCGACAAGGAGCGACAGAACGAGGAAGUAAAUGAAAAGGACAACUGCUCUGCCUCCAGCAUCUCCUCCGCCAGCAGCACUUUGGAGAGAGAGGAGAGGGGGAGCACGGAGGAUGGCUUAAAGGAGGCGGAGGUGAAUGAACCGUGCGGCAAACUCCUCAACAGCAAACUCUUUAUGCUGGAUAUGCUGUAUGCCCAGAAUAAGAAGCACAGUGAGGAGGAGGAGGAGGAGGGGGGGGAUGCAGAGAAGGAGAAAGAAAGAGGAGAGGACAAAGACAAAGAAACGCACGAGGACGCUGAGGAGCAGCUGGACAAUGAUCAGGAGAGCAACAGCAGGACAGACAAUUCAGAGCACCGUGGCACCAUCCGUCCUUUGGCUGAGCGAUUUGGAGACCUGAUCAAGGACCUCGGUACGUCCCACCCUCACUUGGAAGCUCCAGCCAUUGAACCCCCUCCUCCCCCACCCAAAAAGGAAUCAGACACUAUCUGGGACCAGCUCCUGGCCAGCCCUCGAGAGCUGCGCAUCGGGGACAUCAACUUCACCGACUUGACGGAGGACGAUGACAAGGACAUUCUGGAUGCAGUGUCGAUGGUAGGAUGUGGGGACCUGCCUCCGCCGCCCCCUCCUCCACCGUGCUUCCCCCCACUGCCACCCAGGCUAGGCAACUGCCCCCCGCCUCCCCCAUUGAUUGGGAUUAUGAGGCCUCCACCGCCUCCUUGCUUCAGCUCAUCGAUCCCAGUGCCUCCUCCUCCGGAGCCGCCUCUGUUCAACAAGAAGAAGAAGACAAUCAGGCUCUUUUGGAGCGAGGUGCGCGCGACAGACUCGCAGUACAGGGAUUAUAAGCGGAGUGAAGACUCUCUCUGGGCCAAACUGGAGCCAGUCAAGGUGGACACGGCUAAACUGGAACACCUGUUUGAGUCAAAGUCAAAGGAGAUGCCAGUUACAAAGAAAACGGCAGCGGAUGGCAAACGUCAGGAGAUCAUCGUGUUGGACUCCAAGAGGAGUAACGCGAUCAACAUUGGCCUGACGGUGCUGCCGCCUCCACGCACUAUCAAGACAGCCAUCCUUAACUUUGAUGAGUAUGCACUCAACAAGGAGGGAAUAGAGAAAAUCCUGACGAUGAUCCCCACGGAGGAGGAGAAGCAGAAGAUCCAGGAGGCUCAGCUGGCCAAUCCAGACAUCCCGCUCGGCUCAGCAGAGCAAUUCCUGCUCACGCUGUCGUCCAUCAGUGAGCUCUCGGCCAGACUCCAGCUCUGGGCCUUCAAGAUGGACUACGAGGCAACGGAGAAGGAAGUGGCGGAGCCGCUGCAGGAUCUGAAGGAAGGUAUGGAGCAGCUGGAGAAGAACAAAACUUUACGCUACAUCCUGUCCACGCUGCUCUCCAUUGGAAACUUCCUCAAUGGCACAAAUGCUAAAGGCUUCGAGAUGACGUACUUGGAGAAGGUUCCGGAGGUGAAGGACACGGUGCACAAACAGUCUCUGCUGCAUCACGUCUGCUCUGUGGUGGUGGAGAACUUCCCUCAGAGCACCGACCUCUACUCAGAGAUUGGAGCCAUCACGCGCUCGGCAAAAGUGGAUUUCGAUCAGCUGCAGGAAAACCUGUGUCAGAUGGAGCGCCGCUGCAAAGCCUCAUGGGACCACCUGAAGGUCAUCGCCAAGCACGAGAUGAAGCCCCAGCUGAAGCAGAAGAUGUCCGACUUCCUCAAGGAGUGCGCCGAGAGGAUCAUCAUCCUCAAGAUUGUUCACCGCAGGAUCAUCAACAGGUUCCACUCGUUCCUGCUCUUCCUGGGUCAUCCGCCGUACAGUGUGAGGGAGAUCAGCGUCCACAGGUUCAGUAAGAUCCUCAGCGAGUUUGCGCUGGAGUACCGAACCACCAGGGACCGCGUCCUGCAGCAGAAACAGAAAAGGGCCGACCACCGCGAGCGCAACAAGACCCGAGGAAAGAUGAUCAUCGACGUGAACGCUCCUUCUGAUGAUGAAGAGGAGAGUGAGUCUGGUCGAUGUGGCUCCAGCAGCAACAACAGCGCCCCUAGUGCCAGCCAGGAGGCCGAGCAGCCUCAAGGCCUCGGCCAUGCUGAGGAUGCUGCAGAGCACGAGAACAUGAAAGCAGUGCUGCGAAACAGCCUGAGCAGCGGUGACAGGGAGAGCAGCGGCGUGCCAGGACUCCGGACACGGACAAGAUCGCGGCCUGGACGAGGAGGUCGCACUGUGCAGGCGUGGACUCCACCCGUGGAGGACACUCAGGUCUGUGGAGACGACGACGCGGACGAGAUCAUGGAGCGCAUCGUGAGGUCGGCCACUCAGGGUCCAGGAACCAGAGCUCAGCCCCGAGAGAGGAGGAGGUCCAGAGCAAACCGCAAGUCAUUGAGGCGGACUCUGAAGAACGGCCUGACAGCAGAAGAAGCUCUUGCUUUAGGACUAAGCGAUUCUCCGGAUCCACCAAUGUGAUCAUCUGCUUGCCCCCCCUCCCCCAGACCGCCCUCCUCAUCUCUUUGGAAACACCUGGAUGCCACGCCU